GCCUUAAUAACCUUCUCUGACUUCCCCUUUAAUAAAACAUUACCCUAAUCAAUGUGUGUCGGCGGUCUAUAAUGUUCUGUAUUUGCUGCUCUGUGAACAAAAACUGUCCUCGUGCUGCCUUUUCUCCGCUACACGAUCCUCUUUGCUCCUCUCCUCUCGCUUCCUUCCUUCCUGCCUUCCUCCCUUCCCCUCGCUUCCUCUGGCGGGCUCCCCCGUGUAGUCCGCGAUGUAGUUCUUAUCAAAGCCCUCCUGUCUUGUUGUGACAGCUCUGAUAUUGUUUAUUGAGGUGGAUGUCAGCUUUAAUUAGCAAUCGAUACGGGGGAGCGUUUGCAGCGAGCAGGAGAGGAGACGGAGCCGAGCGCGCCUCUGACGUCAGCGCCCCAUUACCGCUUCUCAUUGGGUCCCGUAUUCCCACAGCCUUGGACCGCUAAUUAUUGGGAGGUUCAUGUGGAUAAAGUAGAGCUCAUCCCUCCCGCUCGCAUCAUGUCCCCCGCUCGUUGGCCGCUGCGUGCUCUUUAACCGCCGUAGUCUGGUCCUGGCCCUUUUUCCCUUUCGCGCGUCGUGGUUUCCCCCCUUUUUCCCCCUAUAGCCCUCGGGAUGAUGGACAGCAGGAUACUGGAUCCACCUCACGCCCAGUUCGGCAUGGUGGGCUUCCCGUACCAUCUGAGCCACCACCACGUUUACGAAUUAGCCGGCCAUCAACUUCAAUCUGCGUCCGCGGUCCCCUUCUCCAUAGACGGAUUACUUAAUGGCUCGUGCACGGCGUCUGUGGGCAAUUCCAACCCCCUCUUGUCUUCGGGCUGUGGGAUGAAUGGAGAUAAUCAGCAGUACAAACUGACAGACUCGGGGGACCCAGACAAAGAUAGCCCCGGAUGCAAGAGAAGGAGAACGCGCACAAAUUUCACCGGUUGGCAGCUGGAGGAGUUAGAGAAGGCGUUUAACGAGAGCCACUAUCCGGAUGUGUUCAUGAGGGAGGCUCUGGCACUGCGUUUGGACCUCAUCGAAUCCAGGGUGCAGGUUUGGUUCCAAAAUCGCAGAGCCAAGUGGCGGAAAAAGGAGAACACGAAAAAGGGCCCAGGUCGACCAGCCCAUAACGCGCACCCCACCACGUGCAGCGGGGAGCCCAUGGACCCGGAGGAGAUCGCGCGCCGUGAGCUGGACCGCCUGGAGAAGAAGAAGCGUAAACAGGAGCGGCGUCUGCUCAAGGCCCAGAAUAAAGCCUCUGGGUCUGGGGAUCUGUUCCACACGCCCGGCUCGGACAGUGACAGCGGGGUGUCCCACGUGACCGACAGUGACCACAACAUGAGCCUGUCUUUUGACAACAGCAGCCACCACUCGAGCUGCGACCCUCUGCCAAACCAAAGACACCCGGAGCGGGACAUUGGCGGAGCCGACAACAGCGCCCUGAACACGGGGAGCGUGAACAAACUCAACCCGUUCAGCGUGGAGAGCCUUCUGUCGGACUCGAGACCCAGACGCACCCCCGCGGCCUUACCCCCCUCGCGGCCUUUGAUAGGAAAGGGACACUUCCUUCUCUAUCCCAUUACGCAGCCACUAGGAUUCAUUGUUCCCCAAACUGCCCUCAAAAGUAACUCAUCCUCGGCGUCAGGACACGGCGAGGGGCAGCCCGGUGGAUCUAGGGCGGACUGUGCGGACUCCACGGCCACAGCGGAGGACCAUCCCGGUGGCAGCAGCCCGCCCAGAUCCGCCUUCCAGACUCACAACCCCGGCGUCUGCGGCAGCGACGUGUCGUACGAACACAACACGAGCCCCGCUGUAGCUGCCGACGCGGACAGAAAAGAGCUUUUAGAGCAUUUAGAAAACAAGGACGAGAACCCCGCGUCUGUACCACGUGACAGUCCCGUGGACAGCUCUAAGGACCUGGAGUAAGAUCCUCGGGGUAAAGAGAUACGCGCAGAUCUAUUUCUCAUUAGGCCAAAGCUUCCUUGCUGAUAUUUUUUGACAAUGUGUGUGCGCCAGGAGUUUAGAUAUACCUUUAAGUGGUGGCCUGUGGUGGUGCGGGGUUGU